AUGGCAGCUACACGUCCCAAACCCCGUGCCCGUGCUGCUGAUAUCGGCCAGAGUCAUUCUGGCUCCCCAGAACCACCUCCCACUCCAACUACACAAGAAGAACGUGGCCACCGGACUCGUACAAGCCGAAGGAACAAUAUUGGUGACAACCAGCCUGAUGAGAAUAAUGGAUUAUUGAGCGGCCUGCGACCAAACCAGGCAGUCAUUCCACAUCCUAACGCACCACCUGCCGCUGAAGAAGGUUCAGAAGAGAUGACCCACGAAGAUGUGGCAAGGGAGCGCGGGGAUGACGAUGGUGAUGAAGACUACAAUGUAGGGAAGUCCACAACUCGUGCGGCACAGGAGCCCGUCAUGGAUCUCGCUUCAACCUCACGGUUUACCAGCCUCGAACGUGUUGGAGGCCAUCACGCUGUUCCAAUCCCACCGAGUUCAACAGCCUCUACUACAUCUACACCUAGUGGAACCCCCACCGUAUCGCUUCCAGCAGAUGUUGCAAGCGUUAUCCAACUGUUGAGCUCCCCGGCAUUGCUUCAAAAGCUGACACAGACAUCGGAGGCGCCUUUCAAUCCGUCUUUCAUGCCUCAGGUCUCCUGGACGUCCAGUUUGCCUUCAACCUCUCUCCCCUCUUCCGUUCAGCAACAAUCUCGUGUUUCCACACCUACCCCUGGCACGGCUUCAAAACGAACAGUCCCAGAUGACACAAUAGCGCUUUCAAAAGACGAGCUCUCACGGAUCAAGAAAACAAAGCACAACGCAUCAAGGGCUCGGCUCUGGCAUUACAACGAUGACGCAAUUCGUGGAGGAAUACUGCGACAUGCAUCCGAGACGCUCCUAAUCUACUUCGCCUCCUGCUGCCCUUUCCCGACUGACACAGAGCGCGAGGUCGCCACAAAUAACGCUGUGAAGAACGCCGUGCGCACUAUGCAACGUGAGGGCGAGGGCGACAACACCUCAUCGGCCGAACUUCCACCAUUCCAGCUUACCAAGAAGGAAUCCUCUAUGCUUGAGGGUCUCGACUCCGCUGUUCGAAGCCGUGCCAAGCAGGCUGCUACCACGGUUGUUCGUGAGCUGUAUGGGUUUGUCAAUCUACUCGUCGUGCACCUCUCCUACUCCGUCUACAUGGUCUUCGCGCGCCAGAGAGCCUCGGCGCCCAGCCAGGUCAUGGUGCGCUCUGGCACGAAGGGGGCCAUGGGCGUCCGCACGGUCCCACCGUGCAGCGUGCUCGUGCUCGUGCUCGCGCUCGGGUUCGCAGAGACAGGGACUGUCAUGAUCACGGUGCUCGCGACGAUGCGCGCGCAGCCCUUGGAGCGCGCGGGGGUGCUCGCGGUCGUACGCAGGAGGCGGCAGAGCGCGGCCUUGUCGCGGAGCGUGAGCGUGGCGGCGGGCGACGCGGAUCCGCCGGAGGAGGGCGCGGAGGUCGCUGAGCACCGGGAGGGCGACAAGGAGGCAGAGCGCACCGCCGAACUGGGGGGCAGCUCAGCUGGAGGCGCGAGCGGGGAGCGGGAGGCUGGAUGA